UCUUCUCUUUCCCAAAUCUCAACUUUCCGGCUCUUCUCUUCUCUCUUAUCUCUUAAAACUCGGGAAAAGUGUGUGAAUUUCACUGUUGUUGAAGUAGAAAUGGAAGAUCUUUCAAAAACCCUUCCUGGGUUCUCCUCCAUGCUGCUCUAAAUCACCUAAAAAUCCUUUCCCCCAUAUUUUCAGCCAUGGAAAUGGAGAUUCAUCACUAAUUAAUAGACAGACGUUUCUUGCAAAGCAAUGUGGAAAAGAAGGUAGAUUCCUUUGCACUCUCUGAUGAUGGUGCCUGCAUUGUCUCGUCCACCAACUCCUUCACAAUCCCCCGCUGAAGAACCACAACAAGAAACAAAUACCCAUCGAAGAGAAAACCCAACAGCUAAAAGGCCUCCUCUUGAAGUUAAUGGCUCAACUGUUACGAGGAAACCCAGAGGUAGACAAGUUUCUUCGAGAUAUUUGUCUCCGUCUCCUUCUUCUUCCACUUCUUCUUCAGCAGCCAAAACGCCGGCGAGAUUUCCUUCACCUCUUAUCUCUCGUUCCACUAAUACGAUGUCGACGGGUAACAAAACGGCUACGAGAUUCCAUUCUCCGCUUGUUUCUCGUUCAACAAACGCUAGUUCUACUAUAACGACGUCAUCUUCGCUUCCCAAACGGUCUCAAUCUGUUGAUCGGAGGCGGCCGGGGAGUCAAUUGUCGCAAGGAAAUAAUGUUAAUGGCACCACGGAAAUGUCAGCUGCUACCAAGAUGUUGAUUACUUCAACGAAAAGUUUGUCGGUUUCUUUUCAAGGUGAGGCCUACUCCCUUCCGAUCAGUAAGACAAAGGCUCAAGCGGGUUCUACUUUGAUAAGGAAAGCAACUCCCGAUAGGCGCCGAGCUACACCGGUGAGAGAUCACAUGGAGAACUCGAAGCCGGCGGAUCAGCAACUCUGGCCGGGGACUCCGGUUUCGGGUUCGGGUUCGAAUCCAUUGUACAGGAGCUUGGAUUGUAGUGGUGAAAAGAAGGUUUUCGGAUCUGGGGCAGUGUUGGCUAAGUCAUUGCAACAAUCAAUGAUGCUUGAUGAUAGUAGGAGGAGGGUUUCCUUUGAUGGUGGUUGUAGAUUGAGUUUGGAUUUGGGAAGUUCUGAGUUAUUAAAAGAAGCUAAUAAACAAAACCCAGAUUCCAAUUCUUUAAACGAGGUUCAUUGUGAACUAGUUGCAUCUGAUACAGAUAGUAUAUCUUCUGGGAGCACCAAUUCUGGAAAUGGAAGAAGUAGGAAUUUGACAGGAAAGAACGGACCCCGUAAUAUUAAUGUGUCUGCAAGGUUUUGGCAGGAAACUAAUAGCCGGUUAAGGCGGUUGCAGGACCCGGGUUCGCCUUUGUCUUCAAGCCCAGGGUCUAGAAUUGGUUCUUCAGCUAAGUUUAGUCAGUCAAAAAGGGUUUCUUGUGAUGCUGCAUUGGCUUCUCCUAUGAGGGCUAGUAUAAGACCCGCUUCUCCUAGUAAGCUUUGGACAUCUUCAACUUCGUCUCCGUCAAGGGGGCUAAGUCCUGGUCGGGUUAGGAAUGCAGUCGGUGGUAAAGAGACGAUUGGUAAUGCUGUUAAUACCGCUUCAAUUCUAAGCUUUUCUGUUGAUAUUCGGAGAGGAAAGAAGGGAGAGGAUCGAAUUAUUGAUGCUCACAUGUUGAGGCUCUUUUAUAAUGGUUAUUUGCAAUGGAGAUUUGCAAAUGCAAGAGCAGAUGCUACUUUCGUCAUGCAGAAACUGAGUGCUGAGAAUAAUCUUUGGAAUGCAUGGGUAACAACAUCAGAACUGCGGCAUUCUGUCACCCUCAAGAGAAUAAAGUUGCUACUGCUGAGGCAAAAAUUGAAAUUGACUUCCAUCCUUAAAAGACAAAUAGCUCACUUAGAAGCAUGGACAGUCCUCGAAAGAGACCACUCCGGCUCUUUGCUGGGAGCAACUGAAGCUUUAAAGGCUAGUACUCUUCGACUUCCAAUUGUUGGAAAAGCCACAGUCGAUAUCCAAAAUCUGACGGAUGCUGUCAGUUCAGCAGUUGAGAUGAUGCAGGCAAUGGCAUCUUGGAUAUGCUCACUAUCAUCAAAGGUGGAGGAAAUGAAUUCUUUGGUGGCCGAACUUGUGAGCUUGGCUGCAAAGGAGAAGGCUUUGCUUGAACGAUGUAAAGACUUUUUGUCUGCGUUAGCAGCCAUUCAGGUUAAGGACUGUAGCUUGAGGUCACAUAUUAUACAACUAAAUCGUUUACCCACACGACCAGAAACCUGACGGCACGUGUGUAGAACUGAUCUUAUUUGACAACUCACCCUUAACGCUAACAUUACAUCCGAUCUCAUGUUUCUUGCAAUAGAUGGAGGCAGCACCCGGGCAAAGUCAGCGGACUGAAUAUAUCUAGGCUUGUCUUCUCAUUUUAGUAGUUUUAGAACCAGUUGUCUUCUUUCAUGAUCAAGUGGCUUUUCCUCAACUGAUUUAUGUAUACGAGAA